AUGUCGGCCACAACCCCUGCACAGAAGCCAGAGACGCAGUCUACACAACCCAACGACGACGCCAAGUCCGCACUCCCUUCGCUUGGUGCUCUCGACGAGGACGACGAGUUUGAAGAGUUUGACGAACAGGAGACCGAUCUUUCACAUCUCACCGCUGGCGCAUCCAACGCUCCGGGCGCAGGCGUCGGUCUCACCAUGGGCGCCGCUUCCACCACCACCGGAGACCACCUCUGGCAAGACUCGUGGGACGACGAUACCGUAGAAGACGACUUUAGCAAGGCUUUGAGGGCGGAACUUGACAAGCAGAACAACGCAUCAGCCAUGUCGACCUAA